CAAAUACAUAAAUCAGUAAAUGUUGAGGACAUAACACAGUAAAGCAGACCCAAGAACAUCACAAAUACGCCCUUGAGUAGUGUUACAAAUUCCGAUAGUCGUGAAUGCAGCAGAGCGAUGUUGCCUUUGCGCUCUGUUCGUGAGUCGGAACGUUCGGUUGCAGCACGGAGCAGGUGCUGACGGUCAAGUCCAGUUAUUUUUGACGCAAACUGAGGACUUGGUGGGUUUCUUUAUCGGCGCUACCCAAACAGGAUUAACUUGUGAAAUUCAACGAUAUGACGACGCGGUAUGAGAGAGAAAAAGCCCAGAAACUGAAUGCGCAGCAUCAGGCCAUUCUCAGCAAACUGCUGAGAGAAGAAGAUAACAAGUACUGUGCCGACUGUGAGGCUAAAGGGCCUCGGUGGGCAUCAUCGAACCUUGGAGUGUUCAUGUGUAUCCGAUGUGCUGGCAUCCACCGCAACCUGGGUGUUCACAUCUCCAGAGUCAAAUCUGUCAAUCUGGACCAGUGGACUCCUGAGCAGAUUCAAAGUAUGGUGGACAUGGGCAACACCAGAGCUAGACAGCUGUAUGAAGCGCACCUUCCCGAAAACUUCAGACGGCCACAGACAGACCAAGCAGUGGAGGUCUUCAUCCGAGACAAAUACGAGAGGAAAAAGUACUACGACAAGGAGGCCUUUGCUAUAGUUUCAAAGAAGCCAUCUGAAGCGGCUCCUCCCUCUUCCUCACCGUCCUCCAAGGCUGACAGGAAAAGACAGGAGAAGGAACGAGAAAAGAAAAACGAGGAGAAGAAAAGAGAGAAAGACAUCGAUAAAGCAGAGCGACACGACAACACAAAGCAUGGCGAUUGCAGAGCCAGUCCCAAGAAGAUCACAGAGCCAGCUGCAGACCUGCUCGGCCUUGAUGCUACAGAGAGCAGCCACAAAGGUUCAAGCAAGGCAGCAGGAAUCAGCAAUGAACUGGACAUAUUUGGACCAAUGAUCUCUAAUCCUCUUCCAUCAUCCAAUACACAGUCUGCUCAGACUGGUUCCAGCACAGUACCUCAGCAGCCAGACCCUGUCACAGCCUCCUCUUCCUCCUCCUCUAACUCCGCUGUGACCACCACAAAGGCGGAGGAGAAGAAGCUGUUAUCUAAGGACUCCAUCCUGUCUCUGUAUGCCAGCAGCUCAGUGGGCAGCCAGCCGCAGAGCCAGCAACAGCCUGCUGCAGGACAAGGUAUGUACAUGGGCCAGUCUCAGAUGCAGUUCCCUCCAGCCAUUGGUGGAGCCAUUGUACCCACUGACAUGAUGAGUGGGGGGCCUGUGAUGUCUGGCAUGGCUUUGCCCAAUGGUAGCUACCUGGGCAUACAGCAGGGUGUAACACCCCCCAGCCAAAAUCAGAACAUAUACACCAUGCAGUCGCCACAGCAGCCAGGCCAGUGGAACAUCAGUCAGAUGACCCAGCAGAUGUCAGGCAUGACUGCGGGCAGUGGGGGGCCAACGUCAGGUGCUUUUAGCCAGUUGGGCGCUGCUAUGGCACCAGCAUCUGGCCAGACCCUCAGUACUCAGCUGUGGAAGUGAAGGGGG